AUGUCUGUCUCGCAGAAGCAGCACCAAACAGAGUGCAUUCUCUCCACAACCCACCCGGCUCGCUACGUUACUUUUGACGCAUGGCCGCCGCCCGCCGGCUCGCAAAAAACGAACGCGGGAAACGCCUCAAUCGCACGAGAAGUCUGCCCGCCUGCCUGCCGCCGCCUUGCCUGCUGUUCGCGCACAGCCCACCUUUCACCUCCCGAUUCUCCCAGGGCGGUACGAGAAGACAAGCCAAAGGUAGCAAUUAACAGGCUCGGGCACAAGCUUCUUGCGACACCUGUUAAGCUUUAUAUUAAAUCUGGCACACUGGGCCCCGCAAGGCCAGGCCAGACCCACGACAUUUCUGCUCACCUUUCUGACGUUAGCCUUCCAAUCACCAACGCUGCCACCUUCCCAGACCUGCCUGCCCCGGAUACGGUCAUCUGCAGCUCCGCCGCGUACACAUCCAGCCCUGCAACCACCCUCUUCGCCGCCGCGCCUAGUCUCUCACUCGUCGGCUCGAGACACCCACUACCUGGACGGCCACCACCCUCCCAGUCUCCAGACAAGAGUCAAGGCGACGUCCACCGACAGCAACAUGACCGCGACCUAAAAGCCUCCGCAGACCAGCCCAACUGGCACAAUGCGACAGAAACCACCAAGAGUGACAACAACUCUUCCCUUCCUAUCGACUCCGACCUCCCCACGCCCACCUUCGACGUAUCUCCGCCCCAGUUCCCGACCAGCCAACUGCAGUUCCGAACAAACACCAUAGCGCCGUCACCACCACUGCCCGAAACCUCGCCGGGCCCGUCGACACCCCAGAGGUUAGAUCUGUCCGGCGCCGAAGAGCCGGCGCGUUAUCAGCGCAGCCCUCUCAGCAGCAACGCUCUACGCAUCCUCACCGAUUUCCACCCCGGACCUCCCCCGCGGACGGAUAGCCUCAAUAGCACCGCGACCGGCACUCCUGGCUCGCAUCGGCCUUCAAACUUGACCCUGCACCGCCAGCCGUCGAGCUCUUCGCUCAAGCCAAUCUCGCGCACACCGAGCCUCAAAGCCGCGUUUGGUGGCUACUCGGCCGCAAGCUCGACCGUUCCGAGUCCGGUCAUCACUGCCAUGGGCGACGUAACCCCGCUACCUUCCCCGCUGCUCUCGAGCGACUCGCCGGGCCCAUGGAAGAAGUUUGGUCGCCCUCCCUCCCGAGACGCGCCUGUCAUGAUUACGCCCUCCGAGGGCGCGGUCCUCGUGACUAGCACGGGCGAGUCCAUCUCCGCAGCUCUCGCGAAUCAGAUCAAGAGGAAGACCUACGCGGGUCUUGCAUCCGGUGACGAUGCGGCAGCUGCCUCUUCUGAUCCCUUCAAACCUCAUACUCGUAACAGGAGUGUUAGUGACUAUGUCCCGGAUCCGCUCGCCAUUCCUAAGCGCAUGGUGACCGUCUCGGGUUCUCAUGUGCAGGUUGAUGCUGGCUCAGAAACCCUUGAGCCGCAUAUGCGGCGCGAGCCCCACCUCUCCGAGGCUCGGGGCUUAACCCCAGUUGAGAAGCCGCCCACCCCGCCUCCGAGCGAGUCCUCUCUUCGCUCGAGCGACUCAGCAUCGGGUGACGGCCGGACAUCAGACGACAAGCAGCGCCAUGAAUAUUUCGAAGCUCGAGGACGCUUCGACGGGAAGAAGCGCCGAUGGAGAGCUGUCAAGGCUCUCGGCCAGGGUACUUUUAGCCGCGUGAUGCUGGCUACGAGCCAGGUAUCGCCGGCCGACGAUGAAAGUACAACGCUGUCGGAGGGUCUGUUGACGCCAGAGCUACAUAACAAGUACCCCCCGCGGACACUAGUCGCUGUCAAAGUCUGCGAGCACGGGCCAAAGGGCGGUGCGUCAGAGGAUCGCAUCGAGAUGAGCUUGAAACGAGAGCUCGACAUCAUGCAGUCCAUAAAUCACCCCUCGUUGAUACACCUCAAGGCGUGGAAUAUCGAAGCCACGCGGGCGAUCCUCGUGCUGAGUUACUGCCCCGGCGGUGAUCUCUUUGAUGUGGCGACGGCGCACCGUGAGCUUCUCACUCCGCCCCUGCUCAGGAGGAUAUUCUCCGAGCUUGUCGGCGCCGUCAAGUACCUACACGAGAGGCGGAUUGUUCAUCGAGACAUCAAGCUAGAGAAUGUCCUUGUCAAUAUACCACCCGCCGACCUCGCCGAUCCGUCAAUAGACUGGGCAACGUAUCCCUAUAGUGUCUCCACGCUGACAGACAUGGGGCUGUCGAGGCGUGUUGCAGACGACGAGAAGCUCGAGACUCGCUGCGGAUCCGACGACUACGCGGCGCCGGAAGUGAUUAUGGGUCAGCCUUACGACGGGAAGGCCAUUGACGCCUGGUCGCUCGGUGUGCUGCUGUAUGCGCUACUAGAAUCGCGUCUGCCCUUUGAUCCCCACCCGGGCAUGAGCGACGCCCACCGCAUGCGCAGCCGCACGAGCCACCGCAUCGCCCGGGUGGAGUGGCGCUGGGUCGAGUACGCGGGCGAGGACGGCGACCACGAGGGCGACGUCAAGAAAUUUGAGGCCAAGGGCCUGCUGGGGGCCAUGGAGAUCACCGAGAACCUGCUGAAGAGGGCGCGCAGCCGGUGGCCGCUGGAUAAGGUGGGCGGCACGGAGUGGGUGCGCGACGGCGUGAGGGUCGAGGGCGGGAUCAAGUUUAGGGAAGAGGCCGAGGGCGAGGAGGUGUCAUGA